UUUGGGGAUCAAGGUAUCGAAUCAGACGUGCAAUCUUAAAAUCUAAAGGAGAAGUAAAGACCGCACCAUCCCCAGCUAGAGAGAGAGAGAGAGAGAGAGAGAGAGAAAUGGUGGAGGAAGUAGCCACAGAAGAAGCAAACAACAACAACAACAACCACCCUAGAUCACACGACGGCGAAGAGCCAGAGGAAGGUGAGAUCCUUUCAGACGACGAGUCACAGACGAGGGCCGUGAUCGUGGAGUCACACCCCCUGGAGCACCCGUGGACCUUCUGGUUUGACAACCCCUCCGCCAAGUCCAAGCAAGCCGCUUGGGGCAGUUCUAUUCGCCCCGUCUACACCUUUUCCACCAUCGAACACUUCUGGGGCCUUUACAACAAUGUACACCAUCCAAGCAAGUUGGCAGUUGGAGCUGACUUUCAUUGUUUUAAAAAUAACAUUGAGCCAAAAUGGGAGGACCCUGUAUGUGCUAAUGGAGGGAAGUGGACUGUGAGCUUUACCAGAGGGAAAUCUGACACCUGUUGGCUGUAUACGUUGCUGGCAAUGAUUGGAGAACAAUUUGAUCAUGGAGAUGAAAUCUGCGGAGCAGUUGUCAAUGUUAGAGCCAAGCAGGAAAAGAUAGCUCUGUGGACCAAGAAUGCUGCUAAUGAAGUCGCUCAGGUAAGUAUUGGAAGGCAGUGGAAGGAAUUUCUUGAUUACUCUGACAGUGUAGGGUUUAUAUUCCAUGUAAGAUAAAUCUGUUUCAUGUGUUGGGUUACAUGUAACGUGUCUAUUCUAUUUUGGUUCCUCCGAGUUAAAUGGUUUGCCAACCAGUUAAUCUCUCUCUCUCUCUCUCUCUCUCUCUCUCUCUCUCUCUCUCUCUCUCUCUCUCUCAUUUCAGGAUGAUGCAAAGAAGCUUGACAGAAAUGCCAAGAACCGCUACACUGUAUAAGUUACACUUUUGUUUGGGGACUAAGUAGAUGUAGUCAGCUGUUGGACAUAAACCACCUUAUAUUCCUGAACAACUUCUGGAUACUUAGUUUGUUUUCCUUGCCUUGUUUUGUGAGAGUUUUGGUGGAUAACUAAGUAGCGCCCUUGAAAAAUGAAUGCACGCCAGUAUAUUUAUUGGGGCCACCGUGCCAUGCUUAUUCUCA